GAGCAUAUACUGUGACGUCACAUCGAUGCGACGGUCGUUAAUGAACAGUAUAGUAGUGACAGAGUAGAAAUGGGAGACUUAAUACAUGAAGCAAUGUUUACGUCUUGUUGGAAUAGGAUAAUAUUCUACUGAGUAGUAGUACUUAGUACUACACGUCUGUUGUACAGAAACGGUGUUUUAAGGAAUGUUUAUUGAAACAGCGAGUGUUCGUAGGUAAUGUUAGCUGGCUAAUGCUAGCGUGCGGACCUGGGCCCCUGUUGUUUUGGUCAUUGACGUCAGGCGAAUGGAACAAACGCUAACUCAGCUACAGCUAUGACUACCAGGCGGGCAAGCUAUACUAGUAGCAUGGAUUCAAAUAGUGGAAACCGCAAGCAGAAUAUAAACAACAUUCCUGACAGGACUGGGCAAGAAUCCUGCUACGAUCGCAAGCCAGUCAAGGCUGCAUAUGUCAGCAUGAGUGUCACAUCGCUGAAAUCCCGCCUUGCCCCGACCAUUCAAACUGCCAUGUCGACUGUGGUUGAUACUCUCCUGGGUGAAGUGGUACUUGUGCUCAACGAGACCCAUCAAGAGUUACUGCACAAGGAAGAAGAGAACGAGAGACUCAAAGUGCGCCUGGAGGUGUCAGAAAGAGAGUUGAAGACUUUACAGGAGUGUCUUUGUAGCGCUCAGAAGCUAAUAGACCAGCUUCAGAUCUCAUACACGGGCACUCAGAACAUUGGCCAGUCAGUUUUUGCACCAUCCCUGUCUUCCAUGACGCCGGGUGUGGACCGAGACCAUCAAAGCCCCCGUAAUAUGAAUGGAGCUGGUGUUGACCUGGGUCUUGGUGGUUCUGUGGAUGAAUCACUUCAUGGGUUUGAGCCAAGAGAUGAAUACAAAAUGUGUCAGCUGUCUAUUCAACCGGAUGGCUCUGUGACCAACCAUGCUCUGGAUUCUUUUGCAACAGACACGUCUCACAUGUGCACUGACACCAACAGACCAGAUGACAGGCAGUCUCAGGGACCAGGUGGGACUACCAGCUUUGAAAUUAAAGUGGAGCAGGGACCAGUUUCAAGCUCCAGUCAGACCAACAGAAAGGACUUACAGCGUGACAACAGAGUGGGCGAUGGAGAGCAGUCAUCCCACACCAUGAGCUACGUUCAAGUUGGAGAGGAGGGAGCAUCCCAGCAUACCUUCACUCACCAGCUACGUCACCAAAGGCCCAUUCGAGAAUGCAUUAGCGUUCUGCAGCAGGGUGUGCUGGAUGGACCUAAGCCACUGGUGAGGACUUCUGGAACUGGGAGAGGUGAUAGUGUUUCACCGGGCAGAGCUGAAACCUCUGCGGGACCCUCAACCACUGACACUGCAGUUGAUCCCUCGAGCGAUCGUCCACAUCAUUGCUUAGAAUGUGGAAAGACCUUCCGUCUGAUUUCCAGCUUGAAGAAGCACAUCCGCAUCCACACAGGAGAGAAGCCCUACCCUUGUAGUGUCUGUGGCCGCCGUUUCCGUGAGUCGGGCGCCCUCAAGACUCACCUGCGUAUACACACCGGGGAGAAACCUUACUCGUGCUCAGAGUGCGGCAACUGCUUCCGCCACCUGGACGGCCUGCGCAAGCACAGGCGCACGCACACCGGAGAGAAGCCUUACGUGUGCGCCAUCUGCGGGAAGCGUCUGAGCCGUCUGCAGCACCUCAAGCACCACCAGCUCAUCCACACGGGCGAGAGGCCGUGCUGCUGCCCCUUCUGCAAUCGUACCUUCAAGGAGCCCGCCGCGCUGCGCAAGCACAUACGGACACACCGCGAUGAGGGCGGGCACAUGCCGAUCACAGCCAGCGAUGACCCAAACCCCGACCCAAUUGAUGACAUUAACAAUCUGCAUCCGGCGGCUCCGUCUCCCCAGAUGAGGUUUGGGGAGUGGGGAGCAGAAGAGGAAGACACCUCAGUUGUUGACUGUGUCUAGAAAAGUAAACAUUGAAAAAAUGUGCAGUGCUGCCGAGCAACAAAGGUAAUCACUGUAUAAAUGAGGAAUGUAUAUUUUAGCUUGACAAGCUUCGUUUAGGUUGUGUCCACAUGGUAGGGUGCUUUUAAAAUAACAAAUCAGAAAAAGUGUCUUUCCUUAUUAAUAUGUAUAGGCAGGCGGUUGCGGCAAAUUUGUGUUGGAAAGUCUUCACCCUGAAUGGGAAUCUUUACCGACAUUUUUUGUUUUUAUUUGUUUUUUAAAGGCAUUUUCCUGUGUUCCAUUCUUAGACGUUGUUAUCUGCCCUCACGACGUUCAUCUAGCAGCAGUUGUAGCAAGCAAUUUGACAAAACAGUUAGAGGAUAUUCACAAUUAUAAAAGUGCCUUCACUCAUUAAAAUAAUAAUGAAAUUCUUACCUGGACUUCCUAAGACUUGUACAAACCGUACCGAACUUAGGCUGAUGUUUUUUUGUUUUAAAUCACUUCACACAAGAUGCCUUUGGAUAGUCAAUUAAAUUUAAUCAUAAUAAAUAAUAGACAAAUAACAUUCCAGGAGUUGAAUUUUCAUUGCCAUAGACCUUCUUUAAAAAAUGUAAGGAAAAAGUCUGCAGUUAAUUAUUAUGGAAGUGUAAAGUUAAGCUAUACAAGUAUGAGUUGUAAUAAGAAAAACAUUAAAAGGUGUAGCAGACCUUCCCUUUUUAGAUCUAUCUCGUCAUAUUCAUGUUAGUAUCAGUAGUCAAUCAUACCAUUAUUACAGGCUACAUACACGCAGAAAUGCCAUCUUUUGAACCAUAUUUUCCUUGUAACGUUCGCUCACAUUCCGAGUUGUUAAAGCGCUGAACUGUUCAAGAGUUUAAUACUCACUGUGUGUGUUUCCACAGAACUCAUAUCUGUUUCAUGCUCUGUGAUGUUAUUUUUUUAUCAAUCAUGUCUUUGUUCCAUCCAGUUCCUUCUGUCACAAGAAUGCUUUUGUUUUUGUUUCUACUAGCAUAUUGACACUGGCCAAAGAAUUAGGUGCAAUCUCAUGAUAUCCAGUACAAAAAUCAGCCUUUAAAAAGAUUAUAAUUGCAUAUAAGUAAGUGGAAAACAUGACACCAAGUGGUUUUUUUUUUGCUACUCUUUUAUCUGUGUAAAUAUGACUGCAGUUAUGUCAUUUUCUCUAAUGAGGGUUACGUAUGAUGUGGUGUUGCAUACUUUUGAAAAUAUGAGUCUGCUAACUCAUAGUGUAAAUAUCCACCUAAUCCUGGCGUUUUCCCAAAUAUUUAACAUGCUGUAACUUACAGAAGUAAUAUUGUGUGUCUUUGUCCACGUAUGCUAUACUAUAAUGAGCUCCUGCUACCUAAAAUCUGUUCAUGAAAAAUGCUCCAAGUGUGAACUAUAUGUUGUCCUAAAGCCACGGUAUGGUUUGCCAAGGUAGUGUCACUUCUCAUAAUACUGUACUCCUACCUUUAUAAGAAGGCCUUUGCAUGUAGCUGUAACUAAAAAAAAAAAAAAUUGAAGUCCUUAUUGUGAAAUAACAUUUUUAUGCUUGUAUGAAUGUAGUGUACCCUCCCCCGCAACAUUUUACAUGUACAUUAAGUCUACUGUAAAUGUUUCUAAAUUAAAGGGCCUUAUUUAUACUUGACCUUUAUUGGAAGGACAACUUGUUGCUAGGAUAAAUUCAGGUGCCUCAUGCCUAGCUGAGUCUAAAAUUAUCCUCUACCACUCAUCUGUUUCCUUGAGCACCUGGAGCAAAUGGCCCAAAUGCCUCAUACAAUAGAGAAAGGACAUGGGAAGUUGGUAGGUACAGUACUUACAGACACACUAUGGAAACCAAGCAGGCAAAUUGAUAUACAUAUCAUUAUAUUCAUUUUUGCUGUGAAUGUAACAAGCUUUUUUGGCCACAGUGCCAUCUGCUGGAUCUAAUGGCACUUGCCUCUGUGUAAAAUGGCCACCUGCAAAGCGAUACCCGUUGUGAUCUUCCACAAGGUUCGUGUAGUGUUCAAAUACACUUAUCACUGUUAUCAAGUGUGAUUUUCUGUUGCCAUUCUCCUCUAACCUUGUACAGCAUGAAAUCACAGCGUCUCUGAUUGCACUCUCACAUGAUCCCGUUGCAUCACCACCGCUACCACUGCCAGACAGAUGGUGGCGGUCUGUGGACACGCCCACACACACAGAUCCCAAAUAACACUUAAGUAAUGACAGCUGUGGUCUCAUACACACACGCUGCUGAUGUGUUCUUUGGUGUGAUUACAAGCUUAGCACAAAAGACAUGCUACAUUUUUGUUUUGUAAUCCAAACACAAGGUUUUACAGGACUUCUUGCAUAAAGUGAGGACAUCCCUCACAUUUCCUCCAGGUCUGAAGGAGACACACUGGCCACUUCGUCA